AAGACAGACAUUUAAAUUCUGAGAAGGACACGACGUGUCACUCGGUUUGAUAUCUGUGGUAAACAUGAACUGAACAAUCAAGAGAAAAAUGAAACAAAACGGCAUUUAAUAAUAACCGGUGACAUGACACAGUGACUGUAGAAACUCGGCAGUGGCACCGUAUGCUCACACUGGUUUCGAAAAGGAAUCAUGAAGUUUUCUUUUAAACGCAGCCGAGACGUUCCUCUGUUUUGAAUAGACGAUCUUUCGGGUUCCUCGAUUCAAAUGAGUCGCGUCCCUCCCGCGCUUGUUUCCGGGUUUUUCCUCCCCUUCGAUUCCUAGCAACGCUUCUUGGAUACGAGCGAAACGCGCUGCCGGAGGCGGACUGGCAUCAGACACAUGGAACCCCCAGCGGGGAGAGCUGCACCUCCCCAGUUGCCGGCAGAUGAAAAUGCGACUCAUUCUGACGGACGUUCAUCCUUGAAUAAACCCGGAGCCCAAAGUCAUGGACGUGCCUCUCGGAACCAGAGGCCGGCCAGGCUGGAAACGGACGGAUGGGAGCGACAACAGCCGUGGAGGCGCUCUUCACGGCCAGAAUUUCAGGACAGUAACCUGUCCCCAGCUCUUUCACUGUUGCCUUCAAACUCUGAUAUGGAACCAAACUUCACUGAAUAUUCUUUAUUCCAACAAAGUGACAAUGAAUUUGCCCCUUUAAGGGCGCACCCUGACAUUUCUGUGGCAUCAGAGAGAUUUCACAUUGCGCCCCAGGAUGGCACCACUCAGGCCUCUGAAUGUGGGUCACUGUCCCAGCACCCUUUGGCCCAGGUGACCAUCCUGUCUGAAGGAGUGAGCAGCUGCUGCUCUCUUUCCCAGCACAGUUUGUCACUAAACGAUAGCAGGCGGGAGGAAACUGUUCACUCCCCAUCCAGAGAUGAUGCCAGGAGCAGAGAAAAGGACAUUGAGAUGCUAACGGACCCUCCGGAUAAGAAAGAAGAUGAGACCCUCUUUCUGCGAAAGGAUAUUCUGGCCCAGCGUCUUCUGGAACUCCUUGAAAAAGAUAUUGGCAUGCCAAGCAGCAGCAGCAGUGCCUUCAGCUCCACCUCACAGACCUCAGUGAAGGCCGCUUCGUCUGAAGAAUCUCAAAGCCCUAGAGUUUGUAAAGCAGCAACUGACCAAAGCAUGGUUAGAAGAGAAGGUCCUCCGGGUGAAGCAUCUCUUCCCCAGCAGCAGACGCAACAACCCGACAAGGAUUCACCGCCGCACACAUCACAAACACUGUCGUCUGAGAUCUCCAACAUCACCAUGGGGUCCCGUAGCACUUUACCCGAUGAAAGUAGUGACCUGUUACACAGAGAGCUGCUGUCUGACGUCCAGAGGCGCAGCAGCCGGGACGCUGGAUCUAAAAGUCCUACAUCAGCCGGUCAGUCUCUCACACCAUAUCCCACAGGGAGGAUUGAAGGCAAGCCCAGUGUGACCAGAACAAAUGUGGGUGGCCUGCAAUGGACAGGAGCGUUUUCAGCAGGAGUCGAAGAGGCUCCCAGAGAGCAAAACCUAUGGUUCAAAGGGAACCAAACUGGGAUCGAUGGCUCCUAUCUGGGUUACCUGCCACAGUCUCAGUCCACUCCGGGAGUUUUUAAAGCUCCCCCAAAAUCUAGUGUCAAGGCUAAGUUAGUGCAACUCUCUGCCAUAGAAUCUGAUAAAGACAACUCUUCUCAGUCAACUACAGGGAUAUCUCUACAGCCGGAUGUUCCUGUGGCUGAAGUCCAUCCUUCAGACAAAGCCAAUCAGAGCCAAGAGGAGGCUACCUCGGCAGAAGUCCAGUCCCUCCCAAGUCUCAACUACAUGCAGAAAGUAGACGCUUGGAGGGCAGAUCACAGUUCGGGCAAGACGUCACUAUUUCAUAGCUCGCCACUUCAAGGGUUUUCCGGCAUCUCCCCUAAAAAGACAGCUUACGACGUCGUAUCGGACCCCCCAAAUCCCAUCCUGAGUCAGCAGGUGAGUUUAAAAAGUUCUGUCGAUCCAAAUGUCACACAGAACACGCCCACAGCUCCCUCUGGCUCUCCUAGAAGAGGGGAGGCGGUGGGCGGCGCUCCAAGUGACAAAGAAGACAGCGGGUCUACAAGGAGACCCUCUGCCUCAGCCUUUGACCGGUCACAGUGCCAAUCCUCUGCCAACAACCCCGUCACGUCGGUCCAGAAGGAGCCGCAAAAAGAAAGCCCAGCAGAAGAAGAGAACCGUCCGAUCCAGGAUGACGCGCAUCAUCAGCAAAGCGCCACCGUUCAACCGUGGCCUCGUCUGAGCCUCGGUCACUUCAGUGACGUGUCGCUGGAUCAACAUUUUACGCUCUCAAGCUCCCAAGAUAGUUACAACAGUGGAGUUAAGUUAGGCCCUUCGGUUGGGGCGUCUUCCGUCGUCAGCCUGGAGAUCGACAACUACGCGCCCCACUGGACUUCAGUGCCUUCGACGCCGCCCCCUCCGCCCAGGCCGCAAGGGUUCAACAUCGAAGAGCGAAUUCCGUUGUAUCUGCGUAACCUGGGCAUUGACCAGUCGCCCUCAACCAUUUUAACGCCAUUCACACGCAGAGGGCCAAUCAGGGAGCCCGAAUUCUCUCCCACUGAUCUCUGUGCGGUCAAAGGAUCCGUUGGCACGCAGACCUCUGAAGGUGGCAGUCCCAAUAAAGGAGAGUUUUCAAGGUGCAGCAUUCAGUCAGCGGACUCCAGUGCGUCCGUACCGUUGAGCCUGGAGAUUCUUGGUCUCGGUGCAUCUGUCCCUGACUGGACCAGGCGGGCUUCUCCUUCUUCAGACACAGAAGCUAUUCAGGGUGAGCGCAGGGAUGAAGACUCUUAUCCUUCUACGCAGCUACGUCGCACGGACAGCAGCUUAACCAGCAGCCAGAUGAGCGUCCAGCUACGAGCCCGGGUGGACUCUGACCCCUCGUUAGCUACAGAAGCAAGGAGCGGGGACCGAGACGCCGCGUCUCCCUUCCCAACGAGCCAGAGUUCUGAGCAAAGGCCAGAACCUUCCGCUGCCAACUGCACGGCUUUGCUGGAGCUCCGUAAACUGCUCUCUGAGUCGGACAGCGCGUUGUCUCCCGGGUCUUCUGUGGCUUCCUCCGCUGCAGCGCGCCAUCUGCUCUCCGAUGACAACAUCUUCCUCUCACUGAGGAAGAGAACCAGCGGGCUCCGGGACUCCUCGGUCUCCUCCUCCUCUGCCGCUGAGGAUCCCAGAACUCAACCCUCCCUCCCGUGGGCCAGGUCCUCGUCCGAGUCCAUGCUGAGCUCCGAGAAGCUGAGAGAAGGCUCAAUGGGUCACGAGAGUUUGUCGUCAUUGGGGCAACCUCGGAACUCGUCCACUCAAGCGCUUGUGACUGCUCCUCCGGUAGAUACACACAGAAGACCACAAGAUGGCGCCGUUGGUAGAGGGUCAGAGCCAUCCAUUGCCGUCUCCCAAUCAGCCCGGCGGGCCGAACCUGAGGGCUGCAGCGCGGCGCCUCCUGACACCGUCCCACCAGUCCUCGCCCCUCCAGCAGAUUUGGGCACACAGCAGCUCACGUCUACCCCUGCAGACGCAGAGGAGGAGCAACAACAGACGAGCCCGCAAGGUCCUGGACGGAGCGGCACCUCGGAGGACACGGAUCAGGACGUGAUGAGUGAUGGGAGCAGUCAGAGCUCACUGGCAAUGCGGGUGGCCCAGUUGCUGCAGAGUGAAUCUCCAGCCACGAUGGUGUCCAGCACACCGAGCAUCAAUGACCACGAGGAGAGCAGAGCCAGAGAGUGGAUUAAGCUGAAGAUAUCAGGACAGCAGUGUGAGACUCUGGAGUUGGACAAAGAAGACCGAAUGAGGAUUGAAGAGAUCAAGAGGGAGCUGCUUUUAAAGAACCCAAUAAAGAGUCAGGGGAGCACAGAUACAGACAGCAGUGCAGCGUCCAGCGUUGGAGUCCUGAAGGGGGAGGGCCCCACUCAGCGGGCGGAGGCGCUCCCUCCGCCAGGUGGCGCUCACGCGCCGCGGGGCCCCCGCGUGGAGCCCCAGCGACCCCUCCGCCCGGACCUGGAGGCUCACAUACGUGAGAUCGCAGCCAGAGAGGGGGUGACCCUCGCCCGGACCGACCCUCAGCCGCUCGCGUCCGUCUCCGUCGCCACGCGCCGGCGCUCAAGCUCCCCCUCACCCUCCACGUCGCCUGCGCCUCCCCCCAGUCCGGCGCCGGGGCUGCUCCACCUGGCCGAGCUCUCCACUGCUGCCGCCGGGCUCGCCACAGUCAACGCGGCGCGUCUCCCUUCCAGGGACGAAGAGGCAUCGGCCCGCGGCCCGAGCCGCCCCCCGACUCCUCUCCCGUCACCGGCGAAUCAGAAGAGACGAGACACUGUAGGAGGCCAGUUUGAAGCCCCUCCCCCUUCCUCGCUGGGUUUAGGCAGAGAGGACGUGGACCCCGAAGACGUCAACACGCCGUCUAUCGGGCGGGAGGACGAGUUGUCCGUAAAGGGACGCUCUGUUUCUGGAGUUGGUCGUGAAGUCACGGGUCCGUUCGCAUCUGAACCCGGGACCAGGACGGGUCCCGUGUCCCGUGUCCAUCUCACUCUGUCCCCCAAAGCCACCGAUCACAGCUCGGCCCCCGCUGUCCACUCGGAUCUCGUCGGUGACGCCGCAGAUCCGCCGCGUAGAGAGUUCGUCCCCCUCAGGCGCCGCUCAGCAGCCAGCAGUCCGGACGAAGGCGUCGGUUUGUCCAGCCCGCCGGAGUGGAGCGACGGCAGAGAGCCACUGAGACAGCGGGGGCCUCAAAGAACCGAGACGUCCACCCAGUUCAAAGGCGCCGCGCCUCAGGGACGGACGACCUCCACCUCUACACAGUCCUUCAGACCGCCUCACAGAGCGCUCACCACCGACGCACCAGCGGUGCCUGUUCUGUUACCUUAUAAACCCCGAGGAAGUGAGGAGCUUUUCUACAUCCCUCAAACAGAAGCUGACGUCUCCUCCACCGACCCCUCGGACACCAGCAUGGAGAGCUCUCACACUGGCUCCGACGACGCUGUGCCCCCGCGCUUCAGCAGCGAGGUCCUCGGUCACAAAGACGCCGGGUUGGACCGGGGCAUCGCCAUCAGACACUCGGAGGGCAUCUACAGCAAGAGGCGCAAUACGGCCGCCUUCAAAAUGCCCGAGGCGCCCCCCCGAGCAGGAAGACCUGAUGUCCAUCUCUCCUCCUCUGCAUGGACGGGUGGAACCUCGCCAACCGGGCCGCAGUCGCCUGAACCGUCUCCUCGGGUUUCCGUAGCCUUCAGCGGCGGUUCUCCAUCCAUCAAACCGGAGGCCUCAAAGAGGGACCAGGGCACCGGCCCGGUGCGGCUCCCGAGUGCUGAGCAACCAGAGCGGAGCCGCGUGAGGUUCCAACCGGUCCGCGCGGACCAGGACCAGGAGAGGAGGGGCCGUCCCGUCCCUCUCACGGGGGCCCAGAGGAGCAGCGCUCUGGACCGGCUGUGGGAGCGGUUCUGUGACCAGUGGAGCCCGGAGGCGUCCCGCCCGACCCGCGACACAGACGCCUCGCUGCUGGAGCGGCUGGAGCGCCUCUCCCGUCUCAUUCACGGCCGCAGGGACAUGUCAGAAGGACAAGAGGACAAGCCAGGGAGGGAGGGGGAGGUGAGGAGGGGCUGUGAGGUCACGGGGGGGAGGGAGGCCGGGGGGGAACCGCCCCUCCCCCCCCAGGCCCGCCGGGGGAGGCUUCAGGUGGAGGAAACGUCUCGGCCCGCGGACGAGGACAGCUUGUCCUCCCAGAGUCAGCACCUCUGUCCAGCAGACAGAGACGGGUCGGAGACCUUGUCCAGCGCCUCCAUGUCCACGGUGGACACGGAGCGGCUGAUCCGAGCGUUCGGCGCCCACAGGGUCCGGCGCCUGGAAGCGAGCGCCAGCCUCAGUAAGCUGUACGGCGCCAUCGACAGGCAGAAAGAAGGGCGGCAUGAGAGGAGAGGACGCGGGACGGAGGAAUCCACAGUUGCUGCAGAUUCUACAACAUCAACCAGCACCUCCAACCUGGCGUCGCCCGGCGGCCCCCCCCGGACCCACCGGGCCAAGAGGCCCGUCCAGCUGGUCAGCAGAGGCGUCCAGGCGGGUGACCUGGAGCUCGUCAGAAAUGGGACUCGACGCCACACAAGAGAUGUUGGAACCACGUUCCCUUCUCCUGGUGAGGCCAGGACAUCAAGCAUGGAGAGAGGAGGACGGAGCAGCUCACCAGAGACGAUCCCUGACGGUGUCUCCUGGUUCAUCUCUGCUGACGACCUGCGGUCCGAGGCGAGGAAGGAGAACCGGCCGGGGGAUUGGACCGGGAGGCCGAGCACCGCCUGGUUCAAAGCGUACAGCAGAAUGGACCCGUGGAGGCAGCCUCUGAGGCAAAGACAGGUCCACGAGGACAGAAACCAUCGCGCCCAGACCCAAGUGGAUGCAAGGACCAAACCGCUGUCCUCUGGUCUGACCCGCCUCUCCCUUCAGGAGGCUCUGGAGAUGCACCGUCCACGGUUCCUCUCUCGGUCCCGGCGGCGGCUGCAGCGCUUGGCUCUGCAGGCGGAGGAGCGGAAGCUCCAGGAAGUCUUCAGCAGAGAGAGACACCAACAGUCCACCGGGCCUGGAGGAGCAGGGAGGCUGCUGCAGCCCGCAGGCGGCGCUUUGCUCAGGAGGGCGGUUCCCAGACGAGAUGAUACUGAGAUCCAAACAGAUUUAUGAGACUCUUCCAGAGGUGCAGCGGAGGAGAGAAGAGGAGAGAAGGAAAGCAGAGUACCGAUCGUACCGCCUGAACGCUCAGCUCUACAACAAGAGGAUCACCAACCACGUCCUGGGCAGAAGAACACUGUGGCACUGACCUUUACUGGGAUUAAAUCACUGAUGUGGAAACAUUUUUACACUUGUUACACCAAAAAGGUUUUAUUUAUUUGCAAAUGAGUUUCAUUUGAAAGAUUAUGUAGAUUUAAAUUUAUUUUUUUUAGGUUUUUUUUUUUACAUAUAAGUAAUACAGUGGAAGUUAGAGUGGUUUUAAUCUGUUUAAAUUUUAUGUAAAAAGAUUUAAACAUUUUUUUUAAUGAAGACAAUGAAGUCUGACGGCGAUAGGUUUGCUUUGUUGUUUUUAUUGAUCA